AUGACUAACUUUAUGUUGUCUCCGCGUAGUACAUGUCCGGUUGGCAUUGCAACCCAGGACCCCUUGCUCCGACAAAAGUUCUCAGGGACCCCUGAACACGUUAUCAAUUUCUUCUACUACAUCGCCAACGAACUACGAGCGAUAAUGGCCAAAUUGGGUAUCCGCACCAUCAACGAGAUGGUAGGUCGUGCCGACCUGCUGAAGAUGCGGGAUGACCUCCCUUCGUCCAAAAUGGAAAAUAUCGAUCUCUCUCUCAUUCUCACACCGGCUCACUCCCUACGCGAGAUGGCGGAAUCAGCCACGAAACCUCCCGCCCCCCCAAAACCGCAGAAUCCUGCCCUCCGCAUGCUCGGGCUGCCAAAUAUCCGAUUCAAGUUGCCAUCGAGAAAUUGGCUCAUAUUCCUGUCCAUUACCGGCUCAUUUACCAGUGCCCUGAUCUACGACCGCAGACAGAAACGGAAAGCGCAAGAAAAAUGGUCCAACUUAGUUGCACAUAUUGCUAAGGAACCCUUACGGCCUAAUCAAGCUAGGCGAAAACUUACAAUAUUCCUUGCUGCUCCGCCGGUUGCUGGGGCGUUGGACUAUGAGGUGCUGGAGGGUCGACGAGAAGGAGAUAUCCGUGCAGCCAUUGCGAACAGGAUCAGGAAAACAAGGCGGCAAGCUGGCGAAGGUCACCCCAUUGAGGAAGAUGAGGCAGACAGUUUCCAUCAACAAAUUCGACAGAAUUUCGGCAUCGAGGACGAGCCUGUAAUCAAGGGGGAUGUGGUAAUCGGCCGUCAUGCAUGGAAGGAAUAUAUCCGUGAAAAUCUCAACGCGACAGACUCCGGAUAUGCUGCCUCCUCUCACACGACUGCUGACGAUAUUCCGCCAUCGCCAGAUUCAUCCUCCUUGGUCCAACCCCGUUCAAAAUAUUACGAACAACAAUCCCUUCUCGAAAACGAGGAGCAAGAAUGGCCUAAAUCCGUACGAAAGCAAAAGGAACAUCCAGACGUUAAGGAGCGAGAAUGGUUAGAUGAUAUCGUCUUGGAUCCUCGCAUUGCAUCCCGCAUGCGCAAAUUUGAUCUCCCCGCCGAAGAGGAAGAGAGAGCGCAGCGGAUCAGUGAAGGGACGGAAUGGAUUCGCGGGGAGGACAUGCCUGUUCAUAUCCCGGCUUGGAAACGGAUUUGGAAUACAUAUGGAUGGGGUGAAGAAGAUGAUGGACGGCCGAAAGUCAUCAUUGGGAACUUGGAUGAGGUGGAUGGGGAGUGA